AUGGCGGCGGCAACGGGCCAGGUCGCGUCGUCUUCGGACAUGAAGGCGAGCCUGCUGUCCGAACUCAAGGGCUCUGGGGUGCUCGACAACGUGCGCUCGACGCUCCGCACGCAGCUGCUGGCGUUCAUGAAGACGAGGAUGGACCCCGCGGCGCCCCCCGCGGCCCCGCCGUCCCUGUACCACCGCGUACUGGACAGCCUUGUUGCGGACUACCUGGGCUCCAGGGGCCUCGCGCUCUCUCUCUCUGUCUUCUCGCCCGAAGCGGGCCUGUCCGGGCCCUCGGGGAAGCUCUCUCCGGCGGAGAUCCUCGAGGCUCUCAAAAUCUCGGAGGAUGCGCCGGCGCACAGGUUCUUCGUGCGCUCCGUGGAGGCCUCUCAGGGCCCGAGCGACGCCCCGGACGCGCCGCCGUCCCACGACAGCCUCGCGCUCGGGAUGAUUCGCGCGCUCGUGGCCCUGGGCUCCGCGACGCACCGCGCGGAGACCUGCACGCAAACCUCCGCAGACGCGGACGACCGCCUGGCCGCGCAGCUCAACCAGAUCGACGCGCAGUACCUCCGCCGCGUCGAGACCGAGCGCGGGGCGCCCGCGCGCGCCGCCGAGGAGCGCAUGGCGGCGUACCGGCGCGACUGCGAGGCCCGGCUGCGCGCGGAGAUCGACGCGGGCGUGCAGCGCGUGCGGGACGUGGAGGUGCCGGCGGCGCGGAUCGACGAGGCGGCCAAGCAGCGGCGCAUCAUGGAGCGGGAGCGCGAAGAGCUGGACCGGCAGCACCGGGCGCGGAUGCGUCAGGUUCGCGAGCGCGAGGAGCGUCUCGUUGAGCGCCUCCGUCUCCAGAAGGACGAGGUCGAGUCGCUGGCGUUCCGGCACCGCCAGCGCAUCCUGCAGGAAGAGAAGCGCCUCACCGAGAUCCGCGCCGCCGCGGAGCAGCACGAGAAGGCCACGCGCGAGCGCCUCGACGCCCGCGAGGCCCAGCUCCGCGAGCGCGAGGCGCAGGCCGCCGCGAAGGAGACGGAGGCGGCCCGCGCGCUGGCGGAGUCUCGGCGGCAGGUGGCGGCGGCGGGCGACGACGCGCGGCUGCAGGUGCAGCGCGAGCUCGCGCAGGGCCACGAGGAGCUCCGGCAGCGCCAGGCGGACCACGCGCGCGCGCGGGCGCAGCUCGAGAACGACCGGCAGGAGCUGGCCGCGGAGCUGACGCGGGUGCGGGUGUUGGAGGAGCGGCUGCGCGCGGCGGAGGCGCGGACGGCGCAGGAGGCGGCGCGCGCGCUGGCUGCGGAGGCGAUGUUGGGGCGGAUCCGCGAGGAGGACGAGAAGCUGCGGCUGGAGGUGUCGUUGCUGCGGGGCGGGGGGGGUCUCGGAGGACCCCACGGGGCCGGCGGGGCGGGCCACCAGGCCGCGCAGGCGCAGGCGGCGGCCGCGGAGGCGCGCGUGGAGCUCGAGGCGGCGCGGCGGGAGCUUAAGGCGCUGAAGCGGCACUGCGCGGAGCUGCAGCGGGCGCAGGGCGACGCGGCGGCGCAGGUCACGGCCAUGGACGCGGAGGUCGCGCGGGCGCAGGCGGCGGCCGCGGCGUGGCAGGGCGCGUGCGAGUCGACCGAGCAGCUCCUCGAGGAGGCGCUCGCGCAGAAGGAGGAGGCGCUGGGCGCCCUGGAGGAGCUGCGCAUUGCGCUGCGGUCGGCGUACCGGGACACCGCGGAGGAGCGCGAGCAGGCGCGGCGGCUGCGUGCGAUGCUCGGCAAGAGCGAGGGCGUCGCGCCGCCGCGCGCGGAGGUCCCUGCGGGCGCUGCGGCGGAGAUGGCGCUGGCGGAGGCCGCGCAGUACCGCGACGCCGUGCCGUCGCCCGCCGCGGACCCGCUGCAGAGCGACGACGAGGGCGAGAGCGAGGGCGGGCUCGCGUCGGUGCCGCCGUUCCUCGAGGGCGUGGGGCGGGAGAGCCGGAUGAGGCUGCGGGAGAUUGAGGGCGAGGAGGACCGGCUGCGGGUGCGCAUGGACGGGCUGCGGCGGCGCGCGCAGGCGCUGCAGGAGGCGCGCGCGGCGGAGGACUGGCGCGCGGCGGCGCAGGUGGCGCAGCAGCAGCCGCGCGGGGCGAUGGACGCGCUGCGGGCGUUCGGGGGGGAGUAUGUGGGGCGUCAGUCGGACAGCCGCGAGGCGUCCGACUCGUUCGGGCUGUCGUCCGACAGCCAGCGGAGCGCGGGUGGACGCGAGGGUCCCGCGGGCGCAGCCGCGGACGCCAGGACCGCGGAGCAGACGGCGAGGCGCCCUGAGGGCAACGCAGAAGCACCGAGGGGGGCGUCUCGGGACCCUGAGUCAGGCAGCGCGCGCACCGACGAGGGCGUGCGGCCCGGUUCUGGAGAGCCGCGACCCGACAGCGUCGAGGCGAGGCCCGCUCGUCCCUCGGAUAGCGGCGACCAUGGCGUUGUUGCAGGCGAGUUGCAUGAGAAGCCACAAGCGCCGACCGCUCCCAGCGCGGCGGAGGGCGCCGCACCGCGCGAGCCAACCCCUGGCGCGCCCCGUGACGCAGCGUCCGCGGCGGUCGAGCCGCCGGUCGCGGAGCGCAGCCAGGCAGAGGUUGCGGUGGCAGCGCGCGACGACGCGACGAGUGAGGCACCCGGCGAGGGCGGGGCCUUUGACUACGUGGCGCCUGUGCGGCACGGCGACAGCAGCCGCUCGCCGCGUUCGCUGGCGUCUCCGGACCAGUCCCUGCACAGCAUCCCUGCAUCGAGGCUGGUGCAGUUGGAGGUGCAACAGGUGGCGGUGGAGCCGCCCGCCAUGCGCCCCGCUUCGGGCCAAGGCACCGCGUCCUCCGAAGCCACGAGCGCGAGCGCGAGCGCGUCGCAGCGGUCGGAGGGCAGCGCGGGCGCGGUGCGCGAGCCCUCUGCGACGCCCGCGCCGCCGUCCACGUCGACGUCGCCAGGCACGCUGUCGUCGUCACGCGACGCGUCUUCUGCGCCGGCGGACGGGCCGCUCGCGGCCCCGGACAGCGCCGCCGCGCCGCCUCAGGAGGUGGAGAGCGGCGCGGCGGUUCCUGCUCCGCAGCGCAGCGAGUCGGAGCCCGCCAGGGAGGAGCCGCAGCAGGACGUCGUCGUCGCUACAUAUCAGUCGGCGAGGGUCGCGCCGUCGUCGUCGUCGUCGUCGUCGUCGGCAGCGCAGCGCACGACGAGUGCCACUGCGCAGGAGGGCGCACGCGACGUGGACGUGGUCUCGGCGGCGUCGGACAGCGUCGGCAUCGGCGGCCUGGGAGAGUUCUCCGCGGGGAGUCUGCCGGAGUCAGACUCGGGGCUGGCGUUAUACCAGGUUGACCAGGAGUACAGCGGGGGACUGGGGGAGUUCGCGGCGCUGCGGGACGGCGACGCGUGGGCGGGCGCGGGGGAGGGGAGCGCGGUGGAGCAGGCGGAGCGGGCGGCGCGGGACGUGGCCAUGGAGCUGGAGGGGUUCGGGAGCGAGUCGGCGAGCAUCGUGGAGGACUACGAGUCCGUGGGGGUGUCUGGGACCGCGAGCGAGGCCGGCGCGGGGCAGGCCGGCGGACAGAGCUCGGGCGACAGCGUGUUCUGA